AAAACAACAUCAUAACCAUAAACAGCAACAACAGCAGCAGCAGCUAUAGUGCAGAAAAGUAUUGUAAUGCCUGGUUUUCACUAGGUCAAAAUAAUUGACAUCAAAAACUGCCUAAACGAACAGCUGCGGUUUUGAUGUCAAAUGCGUUUUCAUUACAACAUCCAAACUGUGCCUUUCAAAAACUGUCAUCAAUUUUUGGUGUCAGAUGAUUGACCACCUGUUUUCAUUCAUGUCAAUUGUGAAUAGGCAAUAUUGACAGCUGUUAAAUUGAAAAUAUAAUUACUUAUAAAUAAGUGCGUGAAAGUGUAAAAAUGAAUAAAAAUAGAAAAAUUGCAAUAGUAACAGCGGCGUUAUGUCUUAUAACGUCAUUAAAAGCUUGGAAAAAGAAAAGGACUCAGCAAAGGAAACCAAAGCAGUGGUGGAUUAGACCAGGAUUAAGGAAUCGUUGCACCAGUGGAUUUUACGCCACUCUUCGAUCCAAGCUGGUUUCUCAGGACCCAAAGUGGUUGAAGAACUUCUUGAGGAUGACUCUGGAAGAUUUCGAUUUUUUAGUGGUGCGUCUACUCCAUAUAUUUAAAAAAGAAAUACACGAUUCCGUGGAGCGAUUUCGAUAGGCGAAAGACUGGCGGUAACACUACGCUAUUUAGCCACAGGUGAUAACUUCUCGAGUUUGAUGAGUGUUAUUCUAUUGGGAAAAACUACAAUCUGCCAUAUAGUGCAUAACACGUCUGGUGCAAUUUUUGAAGCUUUAAAGAACGAGUUUUUAAAAGUUCCCAACACUCAUGAGGAAUGGGCAAAAGUUUCGGAACGUUUUUACCAGCGAUGGCAUUUUCCUAACUGUUGUGGGGCAUUGGAUGGAAAGCACAUAGCGAUUCAGGCGCCUGCGAACUGCGGUUCAGAAUAUUUCAAUUAUAAGAAAUAUAAUAGCAUUGUUCUGAUGGCUAUGGUUGAUGCGGACUACAAAUUUUUGUUUGUAGAUGUUGGAGCUUAUGGUCGUGAAUCUGAUGGAGGCGUUUUCGCAAGAUGUGCUCUUUCAAUGGCUCUUGCAGAAAACAAGUUAAAUUUUCCGCCGCCGAAACCACUUCCACAUGAACGUGAUGAAAUGCCAUUUGUCAUUGUAGCUGACGACGCUUUUCCCUUAAAAACGUACUUGAUGAAACCAUUUAGUUUCCGCAAUCAAGUUAUGUCGUGCAAAAUAUUUAAUUAUAGGCUAUCCAGAGCCAGAAAUGUUGUGGACAAUGUGUUCGGCAUAUGUGCAUCACGUUUUCGAAUACUCAGAAGACCCAUGAAUGUUACUCCUGAACAUGCUAUAGUUAUUGUACUCGCGAUUUGCAUAUUGCAUAAUUAUUUGUUAAGACGCAAGUCUAUAUAUAUACGAUUAUCUGAUGUAGACAAAGAUACAAAUGGCAUUACUGAUCCAGGUAAUUGGCGAAUGGAGUUGGGAGAAAAUGGAAUGCUUCCAUCAGUUCGGCCAAGCAGUAUUUUAGGUAGGCCAGCAGACAGCGCGAUAAAUGUCCGUGAAAGUUUUAUGGAGUAUUUCAUGACUCCUCAUGGAGGGGUUGAAUGGCAAUAUAAUAGGACGAUAUUGCAUAAUUCGUCUUUGUAG